GCAGCACAGAGCGAGAAGGAUUAUGUGUACAUAUCGGUGAACGAAAGCAGCUGCUUUGGAAUAAUUUAUUUGUGGUUUAUGUACUUUUAAAAUGGAAGGUUGACAACUUGAAGUUAAGUCGGUGUAAUUAGCUGUAAUUGUAUGUAUUAAAAACUGAGCGACAAUGAUGUCAGAAUGCGACCCGACAGAGACCAACGAGCCCGCGGUGGACACCGGAGCAACAGCGGUGUCUGUGCUGGAGUCUAACUUUCACUCCACGGACGCCCCAAAGGUAUUAUUUGACAAGAACCGGAUAGGUUUGGGGCUUGCGGCGAACCCUGGAGUCGCUGUUCGUAUUUCGGACUCUUGUGAAAGCGUCUUGACCGAGCUGGAGACGGACGGCUCCGGCGAAGAGGCGCUGUUGUUACCGUGCUUAGCAGGAGGCUCGUCGUCACCGCGGGGUGUUCGAGAGAAGCGGAGCAGGCGGAACAGGCACAGCUCGUCGUCGGAUAAAGACACCUUGGCCUCCCCAGGUACCAACAGUGGGGACUUCAACCAUUUCCCUGACGAUCCUGAGUUUGCUGAUAUUAUCCAAAGGGCGGAACAAGCUAUCGAGAACGGCGUCUUUCCAGAGAGAAUUUCACAGGGUUCCAGUGGGAGCUACUUCGUCAAAGACUCAAAAGGGAAAAUAAUUGGUGUUUUCAAACCAAAGUCAGAGGAACCUUAUGGCCACCUGAACCCCAAAUGGACCAAAUAUUUUCACAAGCUGUGCUGUCCGUGUUGUUUUGGCCGAGGCUGCUUGUUGCCUAACCAGGGUUACCUCUCAGAGGCCGCAGCCUCGCUGGUUGAUACCAAGCUCGGCCUUGGAGUGGUGCCAAAAACCAAGGUGGUGUAUCUGGCGAGUGAGACAUUCCAUUACAGUGCCAUCGACAGAGCAAAGUCCAGGGGGAAGAAGUACGCCUUAGAGAAAGUCCCCAAGGUGGGACGACGCUUCCACAGAGUGGGACUUCCACCCAAGGUGGGCUCGUUUCAGCUGUUUGUGGAGGGUUACCGUGAAGCAGACUACUGGCUGCGGCGCUUUGAGGCAGAACCGCUGCCAGAGAACAUCAGGAAGCAGCUGCAGUCACAGUUUGAGCGGCUGGUGGUGUUAGACUAUGUUAUCAGAAACACAGAUCGAGGGAACGACAACUGGUUGAUCAAGUAUGAGAAGCCUGGAGAAGAAGGAGAAGAAGCUGGACAAAAGGAGUCAGAGUGGCCAGAGACCUGUCCAGACUCCUGCAUCAAGAUUGCAGCAAUUGACAACGGCCUGGCCUUCCCCUUCAAACACCCGGACGAAUGGAGAGCUUACCCGUUCCACUGGGCAUGGCUGCCCCAGGCUAAGGUGGCCUUCUCCCAGGAGACCAGAGACCUGGUGCUGUCCCGCCUCUCGGACAUGAACUUUGUCCAGGACCUCUGUGAAGACCUCUAUGAGAUGUUCAAGACGGACAAAGGCUUUGAUAAAACCAUGUUUGAGAGACAGAUGUCUGUUAUGAGGGGACAGGUGUUGAACCUGACUCAGGCGUUGAAGGACGGGAAGAGUCCCAUCCAGUUGGUGCAGAUGCCCCGUGUGGUGGUGGAGCGCAGCCGUUCAGGCGGCCAGGGACGCGUGGUCACGCUGGGCAAUGCCUUCACGCAGACCUUCCACUGCAAGCGGCCCUUUUUCUCCUCUUGGUAAUCAGAAAAAGGUGAGGAGGGGAGCUGAAGGGAGAAUGCACAAUAGCUGUUAUUAGUCCUGAAGUUACGCCCUGAAGCGAGGAAGAGUGAAAUGAGAGAAAAUGUGAGAAUAUCACGCUGGAAACUGCUCAUAUUUGUGCUUGCACAGAAAAAAAAAAAUGAAGAAGAAGACGUGAUGAUAGAAAGAGAGGUGAAGAAUGUUUUAUGAAGAAAUUGGGCUUGGGCCCAUUCCUCAUUUUGUGAAGAGAGCACAGAGGAGCAUGGGAGCUGGAGAGAUUGGCAUACCAGUGUCUCUUAGAGACCUUGGGGCUCUUUGUGGUUGCCAUGGUGACUUGAUUGGAUAAUCGGCUUUUCCACAGAGGUGGGCUUUGUUUAUUGUUAGGAGGCAGAAAGGAAGGUUUUUUUUUUUACCCACCCAAAGUACCUGCUGAAGUCUCUUUCAAGAUCUCAUAGUGGGGCUAAUGGCCAAAGAACAAGCACUUACCAACCACAACCGAACAGAUCUGUAGCCCAGUAGUGUUUGGGACUGUAAAGGACUGGUUUCACAGAUCUCUCCAGAAAGUGAUUUUCUUAUUUUAUUUUAUUUUUUUUUUGCUAAGACAAUGUUGCUCCUGGUGUGGGAUAUAAAGUCCAAACAUGCUUUUGCCUUGUAGGAUUACGUAUUGAACUGUAGAUGUGCACUUGCACUGCUGGAAGUGUUCAAACCACUCUUUACCCAGUGUUAGUUUUCAAGACCACAUCUGUUGAACAAACAUAAACCCAGUGUCUUCGAUUCUCACUACUGCCAAAAUCUGUUAGUGGAAGGAACAUUGAAAAGCCUCAAGGAGAGAAUAUGGUUGAAACUUGAAAAUAAAACCCGGAGGAGGAGGACUAGGAAUCAACACGUUGCUUGAAUGUAAUCUGUUUACGGUUUCUACACUGAUUCUUGCUCCUAAACAUUUCAAAAUGAGUGAAUGCUGUCAAAAAAAAUAGACUUUUCUCAUAACAAUGAAUGUAUUUGUUGUUUGACAUGUAUUUAAUUGCUGGCAAGCAGCUUUCUCUUGUACCUCGUGGCAUGGGGGACAGCACCUCGCCCCCCCCCCCCUUUUAUUAUACAUUAUGUGAAGAGGAAAAACAAAACAGAAGACAAUAUUUCACACUUGCUUGAUGACGUUGUGUUUUCUUGGGUAUGCAUCUUGAAAUUUUUAUUUCAACUCAAUGAUUGUAAGAGAAAAGUUGUAUAUUUAACAGAUGAAAAAUAAAAAAUUUUGGAAGUUUGAA